UCCCUAGCGCGGUCUUCGUUGUUUCUCUCCCGGCUUCGUUGGCUGCGUGUGGCCCGCGGGCGAAGACUUCCUGAAGCGGCCUCGGGAAACCCGGCUCGGGCGGGGCGGGAAUGCGCUAGCGGUCCGUGUCACCCACACGCUCACGCACCCUCCCUGCCUGGCCGCGCCUCUGCGACCAGGUAACCCAAUGAAAGAAGAAAAUGAAAGGCAUUAAGAAAAGUCUUACAGAAGAAUAUCUAUACUUGGACCUUUCUCACCAAAAAGAAGGGUGCAUCUUUCCUCUUCAUACAUCUAUAACUUUAUUUUUGUUAUCAUACUGUGACUGCAAAAUCUUUAAAGUUUGCUUAGUCCUCACUGGAGAAAGCACAGGUAUUUCACUACUUAAAAAUGUACUGUCUGAGGAUGUUGAAAUACAGAUUAUUUCAAGGCAAGAGCUUCCACCAAUAGUCCAGAAUUGCUGUUUACCUGCAGUAGUAGAAAGACCAGACAAUUUCUGUAGAGCAGGACUUGCUGUUGUUCUGAGACACAUAAUCCAGAAAUCAUAUGAAGCAGACCCCUCAAAGAAGGAAAUUUUGGAACUUCUGGGUUUUAAGAAGACUUGCUUGAAAGCCUGUGCUGAAGUUAGUCAGUGGACCAGGCUAUGCGAACUUACCAUCCCUUUAGCUAUUGAGAAUUUUCUCAAAGAAUCUUCUGACCAGCCCCCAACUAUCCCUGCCGAAAUACUAGAGCUUGAGAGGAAGCUUAGUGAGCCCGUUAGGGUACAUAAUGAUGACAAACUCCGGCGACAGAAGCUGAAGCAGCAGAAGGCUGAUGGGGUUAGGCCUUCCCUUGAUAAGGAAGAAACGAAGAGCAAGGUCCAUAGACAGGAGACAUCUGAAGAGGUGGACUCUUCAUCGGCGAGCCUGGAACUGAGAGUGGCAUUCUCAAAGCUCACAGUACGUGAGGAACCAGCUCCUGCCAACAGGGAGCCUGCUCACGUCAGAAAAGCGAGAGCCUCUGACCUUCCACCUCUGGACCAUGUGUUUGUAGAAGGCCUGUACUUCACUUUGGCAGAUAUUGUGCUCUUGCCCUGUAUCCAUCAUUUUUUGGUAAUUAUCUGCAAGAAACUUUCUGAAAAGCUGGUAGAAUUUCCACUGCUGGCUGCCUGGUACCAGAGAAUUCAGGAAGUGCCAAGAGUAAAAACAACAGCUUCUCAGUGUGGGAUCCAAUUUCUCCAUUUACCAGAAUUACAGACCACCUCGAAUGAACAGCAGCCAAGCUUAGAUGAGGUCCCAUGUGUAGAGGAGCAAAAUGAUCCUUCAUUUAUAGGAGGACCAAGACCCACUAUGACUAAGUUAAUGGAAAAAGGCAUUGAAGUGAUGUUUUCUCCCCACCCUUGCCCUACUUGGACCCUUGAUUGGGAUACUCUUCCUGCAGCAGUGAGCCCAAAGGAAGGUAAAAUGUCCAGUGAUCGAGCUUUGAGGAAGCAGCAACAGUUAAACAACCUUGUUUAUGUGGUGACAAAUCAGGCCAAACCUGGCGACAGAAUUGUGGAUUUCUGCAGCGGCGGGGGCCAUGUUGGGAUUGUCCUUGCUCACAUGCUGCCAUCAUGCCAGGUUACAUUAAUAGAAAACAAGGAAUUAUCAUUAAUUCGUGCUAAGAAGAGAAGUGACGAACUAGGGUUAAGCAACAUUUGGUUCAUUCAAGCAAAUAUGGAGUAUUUUACAGGGACAUUUAAUAUUGGGGUGGCGUUGCAUGCUUGUGGAGUGGCAACAGACAUGGUGAUUGAGCACUGCAUCAAAACACGGGCUUCCUUUGUCACAUGCCCUUGCUGUUACGGUUUCAUUCAGAACACCUCAAAGUUUAAUUUUCCAAAAAGUGAACAAUUCAAGAAAACUUUAUCAUACAAGGAACACAUGAUUCUAUGCAGAUUUGCAGAUCAGACAGCUGUCCAGCUUCCACCCCAACGAAGGCUCAUAGGAAAACAGUGCAUGUUCCUGGUGGAUCUGGAUCGAGCAAGAGCUGCAGAAGAAUGUGGCUACUCCAUUCAAGUGAUAUCCAUGGAGCCAGAGAGCUGCUCUCCCAAAAAUAACAUGAUCGUGGGAGUCCCCAUUUAGAAUGAGAUAUUCCACAUUUGAUGUUUUGCCAUCCGUCUCUGUGAUGAAAGCCCAGUGGCAUUCAGGAGGGUCUUGGCAUAACUAGGAAACAGCAUUAGCCAUCUUGAACCUAUUGUGCUCAGGAAAGAACACAGCAGGAAAGUCUUGGAGGAAGGCUGCCUGCAAAGCAUCACAAAUGCUCUUGUAAUUGUGAUUAAAGGACUGCUGGUUUUCAUAGUGAGAAUCCCCUGAAGUCUCAGCUGCCAGCAGAGUGAUACUCACGAGAGGAGUUUCCAUUACUGGAAUAACGAUUUCUUUCUCAGUUCACAGCUUUUCUGAUCUUGCCAGUGUGG